AUGGCCCAGCUUGAGGAUGGCAACUUCUAUGCCGCCGCGCCUGUUGCAGAUGAGGCUGGGUGGGGCUUUAUCUUCAAGGAAGACCACGAGCAGAUGAUCAUGCAGGAUGACAUGACCGAGAAGAAGAUGACCAUCAACGAGGGUACCGCACUAAAGUUCCUGGCAGACAACUACAAGGCGCCUCCAACUGGCCUUUGGUUCGGUGGAGAGAAAUAUGCAGUUACGCGCGUGGACAAGAACUUUGAGUCCGGGGACUGUUCGUUCAUCUUCAUCUUCGCCGCAAAGCCCAAGAAGGGCGUUUCCAUUGCCAUCACCAAGACCCAGGUGAUCUGCGGAUUCUACGAUGAGGAGAAGGGACAGGUUGGUGGCAACUGCACGAAGGCCGUGGUCGCCUUCGCGGAGUACAUGAUCGGGCUGGGCUAUUGA